AUUUUAAAAGGGGGCUUUUACUUUGACAGACUGUUCCAGGAUUUGUGGCCUUGUUGCUCAACAAUCUAAGCGCAGCAGACAAACGGCAGCGGAGAAACCGAACCGGAUCAUUGCUUCACUAGUGAAGUCGCUGAUUGAUUAUUUAUUGGAUAAAUCAUUGCGUGAAAAUUAUGGAAAAUAAAAAGUUUGUCGUCUUGUGUACAGUUUCUUUGACGUUUUUGUUGAGUAUAGCUACGGUUUCAGCCUUCGUUGAAGAGCUCGAUGACACGUUUAAAGACACACGAAUGCCUGAUGAGAUAUGGCUUAUACAAUUCUACGCUCCCUGGUGUACCUACUGCAAGCAGCUGGACCCAGUGUGGUAUGAAAUCGGGGCUGAGCUGAAAAGUAUGGGGUCUCCAGUCAACGUGGGCAAGGUCGACGCCACAGCCCACACCAAUUUUGCAAAAGAGUUUCGAGUUGGAGGCUAUCCCGCUAUAAAGUUGUUGAAGGAUGACUUGAAAUACAACUACAGAGGUCCUAGAACCAAGGAUGGCAUAAUGGAGUUUGCAGACAGAGUAUCUGGACCUGUGGUGAGAGCACUGCCAAGUCAGCAGUUAUUUCAGAAUGUUAUGAGUAGACAUGAUGUUCUCUUUGUAUACGUUGGUGGACCGUCCGACUUGAAGGAGAAGUACAUAUCUGUGGCCAAGGAACUGAUUGUGCAUACUUACUUCUUCUCUGCUGCAAGGAACAUUUUACCCAAGGCAGUUACUCUCCAGGAAUACCCGACUGUGGCAGUGUUCAAGGAUGGCACUUACUUCCUUUAUGAUGAACAACAUGAUGGGGACCUCGCAUCCUGGAUCAAUAGUGAACGAUUCCUUAAUUACCUCCAGAUUGACAGCUACACUCUGUAUGAAAUGGGAGAUACAAGCAAACUGGUGGCUCUGGCUAUAGUGGAUGAGAGAAACCCUACUGAGGAGAGCAUCCGUUACAAGACCAUGGUGGAAAGAGUGGCCACUGAAUACAAGGACCUCUAUAGCAAAGAAUUCCAGUUUGGUCACAUGGACGGAAACGAGUACAUCAAUGGCCUCAUCAUGGAAGAACUGGCCAUGCCCUCUAUUAUCGUGCUCAACGUGUCUAACGAUGGAUAUUUCCUACCGCCCAACAAAGUGGAGACAAAGGAACAGCUGGUGAAGUUCAUCGAUGGAGUGUCGAAGGGCCGGAUUAAAUCCCAGGGAGGGAAUGGAUACUAUCAAUGCUUUAUAAGGAUUGCGUUCAACACCAAAACGACUGUUACAAAUAUAUUUACCAAUGCGCCCCUUUUGGGCGCCUUCCUCGUCGUUGUUUUCUGCGGCGGCGGAAGUGCCUUGUGUUACGGCCUAUGCAUGGCCUGGCGCUCAAUGAGAAACACAGAGUCGAUGAGAGACACAGAGGACGAGGAACCAAUAACUGGGGAGAGGGUGGAGCAAAAGCAGCUCAAAGGUCCUGGGGAAGACAAGAAGACUGAGACGAAAGGGAAGAAUCCGGCAGAGAAGAAGGCUGAUUAAGUAUGAAGUGGUAUGAAUUUUUUUAUUGAAAUGCCCUCGUGGCCAUGUCUCCCUCAUAAAAUACGUAGGUAUUCUGACCUCAAUAGGACUUCCUGGCUAAAUAAAGGUUAAAUAAAAAGUAAAAUAAAAUAAACCCCUACCCCUUAGCCCCUCUUGUAGAUAUAAGAAAAUGGGAUAGGUUUAAAUAAGCAAUAUGGCAAUAACUUUAAUUGCCUUCCUAUAGACUGUGUGGUGUUUUCGCCAUAUUGCUUCAACGUACCCUAGGGAGGAGGUACUAGGGGUCAAUAGUAGUUAUCCUGAGUAUGUUCAGCGAUACUUGAAUUUCUACAUCAUCAAUCAUUUUCUAAGAAAUUAUUGGGGUUUUGUUGCAUCACUCCAAACUCUUUUAUUUAUUUGAUUUGGACUUUUUUUAUCAUAUAUAUUUUAUUUGAAACAUUCAUUAAUGAAUUAAUGUCAAUUCAAUGUUGUUGAAGACAUUGAAUUGUAGGGCCUAUAUAAACCGGAAAUGUCUUUACAGUGGGUUACAGGAGACGAAUUCAGUGAAAAUGUUCUAUUUUGUUCCACUGUGGUGUUAGUUUUUUAGCACCAUCAAUAAACCCAGCAAACAAUUCUAGGUAGAGAACAUUUUUGUAAUGUUACCUGUCAUGUUCUCCUGAUUGUAUCCAGUUUGUGCCCACUUUUCUGUUAGUUAGGGGAACAUUCUAUGUAUGCUAGCAAGAAUUCCUGAGAACCUAUUUAGCAUGUUUUGGCGUUACAGAUUAAAUGUGAUGCCAUGUUCUCAGAAAAUCCUAUAUUAAAGAGCAAUUUCACCACUUUUCAACUUAAUUUUAAUUAUCUAGCACAAUACCAGCGACUACAUAUCUGAAAAGGGAGCAUUUCUACAUGUUGUAGAAAUAAAUAUAAAGUUAACAAGUUCUACACGAUAAUAUCAUCAAAACAGUGAUUUUCAAACACUAUGAAAUUCGUGGGGAGCAAGAAUUGGGGGAGCAAGAAAAUAUUGGCUAGAAACUUGUUGCAAGUUUUGAAAACCACUUUUAAUCCUACCCUGUGAUGUCACAGAGAAGCAUCUUUUUUUACGUCCUUUUCUUUUUAACCACAGAUCAUAGAAAUGUGCAGUUUUCAUAUUACGUAGACACCGGUAUGGUGCUGGAGAUAAUGAAUAUGAGGCUGAAAGUGGUGGAAUUGCCCAUUAAUGUUCUAGACACAUUUCAUUGGAACUUUCCCAAGUCCAGUUUUCUGAGGGUUAGGAGAAUAUUCCAUCAAAGUCCCACCAAACAUACACAGAACAUGGUUGCCAUGACUGUUCUCAGAAUAUAGAUAUUAAUCCAGGCCACCAAAGCUUUUAAUUGAGUGGCCCAAAAAUUUUUUUUUAAAUUGGGUUGAAGGUAGACACAGGGACUAGAAUGGGUAAUGCAUGAAAUGGAAUGAGCAAUCUGGGCAACAUAUUCAUUCUUACCAUUUCCACCCUACCAAUUAAAGAAAGUGGCAGAUCUUCCCAAAUCUGUCUUAAUCUGUGAGAUCAGUUUAGUAUAGUUUCCUGAGUAAAGCUGUGAUGCGCAGGGUGUUAAAAAUAAUACGCAAAUAUCUAAACCCUUGUCUAGACCAAUGAAAGGACACAUCUUUAUUCAACUGAGAGGGCCAAUUUCCUGAAAUCAUCAUAGCUUCUGACUUUGCUUCACUGACUUUAUACCUAGGCUGUUCUUCAAAGCACCUCAAACUGUGUAAGAGUUUAGGGAUAGAGGAUAAAGGGAUUUUUUAAAUACAGCAAAAUAUUAUAUGCAAAGAGGGAUAUCUUGUGUGUCACACCUUCAUCCACUAUACCUUAAAUUUGUGGGUUCAUCAUCAUUUCUGCCAGUGGCUCAAUAUUUAGAGAAAAUUAGGCUAGUUUCUCUUUUCAGGCUGAAGAAUUGUGAGCUGUAACCUUUCAAUGGGCUGAAUCCCAUACUCAAUAGUGUUUGUUUUAGGUAAAACCAAUCAACUAUAAUGCACAAAAUCCAUUUAAGCUGAGAUGUAUUAAAUGUUUGUUGUCUACCCUUUGUCAGUGAUUGAAUGUUUAAUACUCUCCUAAUAUUGUUGGAAAUGUGUCUGCCAGGUAUACAACCUGUCUGAUCUGGGUUAAUCACUUUCCCUAUAUGUUUCUGAAUUCUCUCAGUAAUUAUUGUGGAUAACAAUUUCAGGUCCAUGGGGAGAAGACUAAAAGGCCAAAAUGAGCUUCACUGGGAAGGACCUUUACCUUUCACAUGGAUUACUGUAAUGGUUGCCUCCUACCACGUUUUGGGUUGCUCUCCCUUUCAUAAUUCACAAUCACAGUAUUUACUCUGCACAGAACUGGGGUCUUAUAAAAUUCACUUCGGUAUCCAUCGGUCCCUGGUGAUAUUAUUUUUCAAUCCCUUAAUGGCUUCCUCAAUCUCGCUUUCUGUAACUGUCCGUGUUUCGUCCAUUAUUUAGUGAGAUUUAAGUUAGGCAAAAGGGUUCUAUUUUGUUCUUGUUCUGAUGAAUCGUAAAGGUCUUUAUAAUAUGCUCCAAAUGCCUCUGCAAUGUCUCUUGGUUCUGCUUUAGAGAAGGGAUGAAUUAUCUUAGGGUCUACUUUGCUAGCCUGGGAUUUUUGUAGCUGAAAGGCUAACAACCAUCUGGCUCUAUUACCCACCUCAUAAUAUCUUUGAUUAGUAAAUCUAACUGCCCCUUAUACUUUGUAAAUCAAUAACUCAUCUAAUUUUUGUCUACAUUCAUUCAACUUAUGCAAUAUAUCAUCAUCCCUUGUUUUUUAUGUUCUCUUUAAACUAUCCCCAAACCCUGCUGUUUUUCUUCUUAAUUUGGCACACAAGCAAUUAUCUUCCCUCUUAAUACUGCCUUUGCCCCUUCCCACAAAAUAGAUGAUGAUACGUAAUCAUUAUCACUUAGGGUAAUCUUUGCUUUACAAUAUGGUCUGUCAAUAUGUUAAAUGCUAUAUUUCUCAACUUUAUGUAAAUACUGCUUGGAUAUACAAAAUAAGUAUAAAAAUAAGUAUAUUCUGGAGUAGCUGUCUUGAACUUUAGAAAAACCUAAGUCCUUCAUUCUGGGAUUCUUAAAAUGCCAAGUAUCAAUAAGCCCUAAUUUGAUUUUUUUUUAAUAUGCAGGAAGUCGGUCAAUCUUGUAAUUCUGUAUGCAUUUAAAGUCCCCGCCAACAAUAACCAUCCCUUUUGCAUUGUCUGCUAUUACAGUUGCGAUAUCUGUAAAGAACUCUGGGUUGUCUUAAUUUGGUGCAUACAGGUUCAGAAUAUUAAUGUCUGUGCCACCUACUGACCCCACUACCAUCACAUAUCUACCAUGAUCAUCCCUCAACACUUUACCCUUGGCAAGCACACCGAUCUAUUAAACAAGAUAGUAACCCCU